UACCAAGAAUGAGUUGAGGUAGCUCUGUUUGUUCGAAUUUCAAGCUGUAUAGUUGAGAUCGUCUCUCAAAGCUGUAUUUUGCCGUAUAGCACAACAACCUAAUUAAGAGGACUUAUUUGUCCAUUCAAGCAAUACUAAUACUACUCUUUCGUUGUGGGUGGGCAUUGAAUGCAUGCGAGUGAUGAUCUUGUUUGUCUCUUGCUCUAGUUCUGGAGUUUGAGAGGAUGAUAGUUCCUCUUUGCCUACUCAUUUGAAAAACUCGUGGUUUGAUCUCUUAUGCAGUUCCUUUUUCAUGUGCAAGUUUAAGGAUGUGAUAGCAUAUUCAGUCCAUAGUAAACGACAUUGGAGAUACCAUAGGGGGCAGUAUACCUAAAGAGUUCUUUCUUUUAUAUUACUGAUGAUGAAACAUUUUGUUUCUUUUGACCGAGGGAUUAUCUUGUUCUUUUUCUUGCUCUUGUUCUGUGGUUUGAGGGAACGACAGCUCCUCUCUGCCCACUCAUUAAACAUUCAUGUAGUUUGAUCUUUCUUAUUCAGAACCUUUUUCCUAUGCAAGUUUAAGGAUGUGGUUGAUUAACCAGUUCAUGCUAAACGACAUUUGAGAUACCUAGGGUGUGUAGUAUACCUAAAGAGCACAUUGAUUCUAUAUCUUUUAUAUACUACUGAAAACAUUUUGUUUCUUUUGACCGACCCCUUCUGAUCUGCAAUACCCACCCUGCGGAUUGCAUUGUUAAUCUUCACGCUGCAAGGUGCCAACGAGUGAGUUCUCUGCCGUGUAUGAUUGUACAAAUACAAGAUUCUAAUGGGAAUAUAAAGAACCCUCUAUAUCUAAUGUAUGGACGGCUCUUUACUGCAUAUUGUGUUGUUGUACUGUCACCAUUAUAUUUCACCUUUCAUUUUGACCAUUUUACUCUUUACCGGAAAAAAAUGGUGACUAUUUUACCGGCCUUGCUUGCUCUUGGGCCUCUGGAUUGGAGAGCACUGCAAGUAACCUCUCUGCCAUGGUGGCUUGUUUGUUUCUACAUAUAUAUAGUUGACAAAUGGUGAAAAGUGCAGAAGGAAUCCAAUACGAAGUGGAAAGUGGGGCCACCUGCACAGAAUUGGAGAUCCCACCACCAAACUGUCAUUAUAUCCCAGUCAUCCAAUGGGACUGACUGUCUUUGCAAAUGAUUCUCCAUCAGACAAGUAGAAUACAUCUGAUGGUGUCACUUUUGUGAUUGCUGGUGUUCACCUUCCAUUCCCCGCCUAAUUUUAUCCAGGACCGACUAGUAUAAAAGAGGAGGAUGCUUUUCUACUCUCCUUCAGACGACAAGGCAUAGCUACGAGAAAGAAAGUCUUGUUGAAGAGUGAGGGAGAGGAAGCUCCCACCCACCCAGAGGGGUGCGAAGAGGCAGCAUGGAGCGUGCAGGGGAAGAUGAUGAUACAGGGAGUGGAAGCAGGAGGAGGAGCAGGAGCAUGAGCAUGGGCGGAUCAGAUGCAACGUCGACCAUGAGCGGCGGCGGCACCACGGCGGUCAAGCAGCACCAGGCUCUGAGGCUCGUGGAGGACCUCUCCCUCCCUUCGGUGCAGGUGGUGGUGAUGAGCGCCAACAUGGGCUGCUCCCACUGCCGACAGCGGGUCACCAAGGUCGUCACCAAGAUGAACGCAGGGCUGCUGGAUUACAUGGUGGAUUUCGGGAAGAAGGAGGUGACGGUUAGGGGCACGGUAAUCCACACCAAGAAGAAGAAGAGAAAGAAGCAGCCGUACAUGAUCACUGGGCUGGAGAAGGUGCCGCCUGCUAACGUGGGCGCCAGGACGCUCUCCUGGUUUUUGGGAUGCUACGGUUCAUAGCUAGUAGUACGUACAAAGCAUAGUAGUAUACUGUUAUGUACAAGUAGUUGCUUAAUUGUUGUUCCAUAUAUAUUUUAUUUUAGUCAUCUUUCUUCUUAUAAUUUUUGCAUGGAAAUAAUGUAUGCUGGUAGAGUGGUAGUGGUAAUUAUGUGUAUAUCAUGUCCUAUAAUCUCAUGUUUGCAAAUUGCAAGGUGCUAGAGCACACAUUGCAGGCUUCUAGUA